AUGACAACUAACUUUAGUCUAGCUAUCGUGUCUUGCUACUUUCUUGUUAUUAUAUCAUUGUCCUGUGCGGUAGGGAAUGAUCACAAGUUACCGUUGGUUAUCAACACUUGGCCAUUCACUGUGGCAACGCGGGCAGCUUGGAAGGUAAUCAAUUCUACUAGCGGUACCCCAUUAGAUGCGGUCGAGCAAGGCUGUACGGCUUGUGAAGUUGCACAGUGUGAUGGAACUGUUGGAUAUGGUGGAAGUCCUGAUGAAAGUGGAGAGACAACGUUGGAUGCCAUGAUCAUGGAUGGAACAUCUCACGAUGUUGGCUCUGUUGGCUGCUUAAAAAGGAUCAAAUCCGCUAUUUCUGUAGCUAGAAAAGUUAUGGAAUUGACCAAUCAUACUUUACUGGUUGGUGAUGAAGCCACUAGAUUUGCAAUUAGUACAGGAUUCAAGCAAGAAAAUUUACAUACGAAUAAAUCAGUCGGUAUUUACAAAUCGUGGUUGGAAAAUAACUGCCAACCCAAUUUUUGGAAGGGAGUUACUCCCAAUCCGAGAAGUAGCUGUGGACCAUAUAGACCUGCUGAUACAUGUCAAUCUCUUGACUGUAAACAAGAUACAAACCACGACGUUAGCAGUGAUAAUCAUGACACCAUAGGAAUGAUUGUCGUAGAUAAAAAUACUAUCGCCGGUGGAACAUCCACCAAUGGUGCAAAUCAUAAGAUAUCUGGCCGUGUAGGCGAUUCUCCCAUUGCUGGUGCUGGCCUUUACGUAGAUAAAGAUAUAGGUGGCUCUGCAGCAACCGGAGACGGCGAUGUCAUGAUGAGAUUUUUACCAAGUUACCAAGUAGUCGAAAGCAUGCGACUUGGUAUGUCUCCUAAGAAAGCAACUACGGAAGCCAUCAUGAGGAUCAAAAAAUAUUAUCCCCAUUUUAAUGGAGCUUUAAUUGCUGUUAACAUGGCCGGCGAAGUCGGUAUAUAUAUACAUUGCAAUAGUUUUAAAAAUCAUUGUAACGUAAACUAA